UUGUUGACUAUCUACUAUGUGCGAGGCACUGUGGUGAGUGGUGGGGAGACAGCAGUGAAUACAACAAAUGAAAACCUCUGUCCCCUCAUGGAUGUGAGUCUUCUUGGUAAGACAUAGGAUGUCAGCAGUCUCUCUUCAAAAGGGGGUUCUUUGAAAUUUGCCCCUUUGUACAAGGGUGUGGAUGCACUGGCUACCUAGAGGACACCACUCAGCAGCUCCAGUGGAGAGGACCAGGAGAUGAUGGGCACAGAUGCAGUCCUGCAGAACUUAGAGAAUUGCAGGCUGCUAUUCUCCAAGUUCAUGGUGUCCCUUGCCUCAGUUCCUAGGAUGUGGAGCUACACUCUGUGGUUUGGCCAGGCACAGGGACCAGGGCAGAUGGAAACCUUGUGGCCGGGAUGCAUCAGAGCGAGUUGAGUGUCCACCUGCCAGCUGGGACAUUAUGGAAAAGACAUCUCAGUAAUAAGAGAGGCAAAGCUGGACAAUUGCAGUGAAACUACCACAGCGUAGGGGUGGAGAAGCACAGAGAUCCUCAUAUUCUUAUGCUACAUAAUGGAUAUAUGAGGUACUUGCCAUUUUAAAAGUUGUCAGGGGCACCUGUGGCUCACCUGCCAUGACACAGCUCCAGGAUGCUGCCCAUCUGUUGCUGUGAGUGGGUGCUUGGUUUGCAUUUUCCUCUCCUUGAGGUUGUGAGGUGGGCUGGUGGCACAAGACGAGGAUCAGAACUGUCAGCAGCCUUUUUUUCCUCUGCUGUGUUUCCAGGAAAUGCUGCUGGAGCCUCCUGGCCAUGUCUAGCGCAGGGAGCACAUGGAAAGCCCUGGUACCGAGUUAUCUUACCAAGUACUGAAAGGGGCUGGAGCUCUUUGAGGCCCCAGUCACCUCCAUAUUGGAUUGUUUGCUGUCUCCUCUUCAUGCACAUCCAGGAGCUCACACAUGGUGGUGGUCUGAUGGAGACACCUAUCACUUCCCAAGAGGACUCACGCCCACGAGAGGACGGGGGGUCCCAUAAAUUAAAAGUACGGGAAAAGGAAAACAAGCGUGGAGAUGGAGUGGAGCCUGAAAUGAGGCUUGACGUGCGCAGUGUAAACCUGGAUGACCUAGAUGCUGGUAUAGUUACCCAAGUAGGGCCAUGAAUGUGGAGGGAAGCCUGGGUCUUAGCUCUGCCUGCACCUUAGCACUGCCUGAAGCACUCAGGGAAAUGCCAGGACUGGAUGCAGAGCAAACAAACUAGCAUCUCUGGGGGCGUGCUGGGCACGGGUGUUUUCAAAGCCCCCCAGGCGGUUCUAACGCAUAGCCAAGGUUGACAACAUAAAUGCUCUUUCCUGUAGGCAAUGGGAGAGAGGAAACCCUGCAGGGCACAGCCAGCGGUGUCUUCAAGAUGAAAGCAAAGUGCUCAGGAGAAAAAGCGUUCUUGGCACAAAGAGAAGCAGGAACUUUCUUUUAGAGAUCCCUGAAAAAGAGGUAGAUGUACCCUCUGAAGAUGGUGACUCCCUCCUGAAAAGCUGGACCCCUUGGUAAAAGACAAGGCCUUCUGCAAGCAUAAAGACUUAAAACACACUUCAUGCAGUCAAAGAAAGAGCUCAUAGACCUGGCUGCUGGGCUUCAAAGGCUUCUAUCUUAUUUAAUCAUCUGAAAAUAGUUUAAAGGAGAAUAUGAAAGUGUUACUCAGACUUAUUUGUUUCAUAGUUCUACUUAUUUCUUUUCUGGAGGCUGAUAAAUGCAAGGAACGUGAAGAAAAAAUAAUUUUAGUGUCAUCUGCAAAUGAAAUUGAUGUUCGUCCCUGUCCUCUUAACCCAAAUGAACACAAAGGCACUAUAACUUGGUAUAAAAAUGACAGCGAGACACCUAUAUCUACAGAACAAGCCUCCAGGAUUCAUCAGCACAAAGAGAAACUUUGGUUUGUUCCUGCUAAGGUAGAAGAUUCAGGACAUUACUAUUGUGUGGUAAGAAAUUCAUCUUACUGCCUCAGAAUUAAAAUAACUGCAAAAUUUGUGGAGAAUGAGCCUAACUUGUGUUAUAAUGCACAAGCCAUAUUUAAGCAGAGACUACCCGUUGCAGGAGAUGGAGGACUUGUGUGCCCUUAUAUGGAGUUUUUUAAAGACGAAAAUAAUGAGUUACCUAAAUUACAGUGGUAUAAGGAUUGCAAACCUCUGCUUCUUGACAAUAUACACUUUAGUGGAGUCAAAGAUAGGCUCAUCGUGAUGAAUGUGGCUGAAAAGCAUAGAGGGAACUAUACUUGUCAUGCAUCCUACACAUACUUGGGCAAGCAAUAUCCUAUUACUCGGGUAAUAGAAUUUAUUACUCUAGAGGAAAACAAACCCACAAGGCCUGUGAUUGUGAGCCCAGCGAAUGAGACAAUAGAAGUAGACUUGGGAUCCCAGAUACAAUUGAUCUGUAAUGUCACUGGCCAGUUGAGUGACACUGCCUACUGGAAGUGGAACGGGUCCUUCAUUGACGAAGAUGACCCAGUGCUAGGGGAGGACUAUUACAGUGUGGAAAAUCCUGCAAACAAAAGAAGGAGUACCCUCAUCACAGUGCUUAAUAUAUCAGAAACUGAAAGUAGAUUUUAUGAACAUCCAUUUACCUGUUUAGCCAGGAAUACACAUGGUAUGGAUGCAGCAUAUAUCCAGUUAAUAUAUCCAGUCACUAAAUUCCAGAAGCACAUGAUUGGUAUAUGUGUCACGUUGACAGUCAUACUUAUGUGUUCUAUUUUCAUCUAUAAAAUCUUCAAGAUUGACAUUGUGCUUUGGUACAGGGAUUCCUGCUAUGAUUUUCUCCCAAUAAAAGCUUCAGAUGGAAAGACCUAUGACGCAUAUAUACUGUAUCCAAAGACCAUUGGGGAAGGGUCUACCUCUGACUGUGAUAUUUUUGUGUUUAAAGUCUUGCCUGAGGUCUUGGAAAAACAGUGUGGAUAUAAGCUGUUCAUUUUUGGAAGGGAUGACUACGCUGGGGAAGACAUUGUUGAGGUCAUUAAUGAAAACGUAAAGAAAAGCAGAAGACUGAUUAUCAUUUUAGUCAGAGAAAUAUCAGGCUUCAGCUGGCUGGGUGGUUCAUCUGAAGAGCAAAUAGCCAUGUAUAAUGCUCUUGUUCAGGAUGGAAUUAAAGUGGUCCUGCUUGAGCUGGAGAAAAUCCAAGACUAUGAGAAAAUGCCAGAAUCGAUUAAAUUCAUUAAGCAGAAACAUGGGGCUAUCCGCUGGUCAGGGGACUUUACACAGGGGCCACAGUCUGCAAAGACAAGGUUCUGGAAGAAUGUCAGGUACCACAUGCCAGUCCAGCGACGGUCACCUUCAUCUAAACACCAGUUACUGUCACCGGCCACUAAGGAAAAACUGCAAAGAGAGGCUCAUGUGCCUCUCGGGUAGCAUGGAGAAAUUUCCAAGAGUUCUUUGGGUGCCUCCUAUCUUAUGGCGUUGCAGGCCAGGCUGUGCCUCAUGCUGACUUGUAGAGUUCAUGGAAUGUAACUGUAUCAUCCUUUAUCCCUGAGGUCACCUGGAAUCAGAUUGUUAAGGGAAUAAGCCAUGAUGUCAAUAGCAAGCCAGGGCACUUCGGAGUAGAGGGCUUGGGAAGAUCUUUUAGAAAGACAAUAGGCUGGGUGUGGUGGCUCACGCCUAUAAUCCCAGCACUUUGGGAGGCUGAAGUGGGUGGAUCACCAAAGGUCAGGAGUUCGAGACUAGCCUGGCCAACAUGGCAAAACCUCAUCUCUACUAAAAAUACAAAAAUUAGCUGGGCAUGGUGGUGCACGCCUGUAUAAUCCCAGCCACAUGGGAGGCUAAGGCAGGGGCAUUGCUUGAACCCGGGAGACGGAGGUUGCAGUGAGCUGAGUUCGGGCCACUGCUCUCUAGCCUGGCAACAGAGUGAGACUCCAUCUCAAAAAAAAAAAAAAAAAAAAAGGCAAUAAAUGCCCUCUCUGAAUGUUUGAACUGCCAAGAAAAGGCAUGGAGACAGCAAACUAGAGGAAAGGGCAUGCAGGAAAUGGCCACCGUCUAUAGAUGGCUUUGUUAAGUCAUCCACAGCCCAAGGGCGGGGCUGUGCCUUGUCUGGGGACCCCGUGGAGUCACUGGCCCUGGAGCGGCUCUCCUGAGAGGUGCUGCAGGCGAAGUGAGACUGGCACCUCACUGAGGAAGGGAGAUGUAUUCUUGGAGAACUUUCCAUCUGCUUGCAUUUUCCAUACACAUCUCCAGGCAGAAGUUAGUUUCCAAAGACCGAAUUUUAUUUUACAUAUGUUGAAAGCUCACUUCAGUGAACAAAGGGAUUCUUCGGUAUUCCAAGGUUUUGAAGUCAUCUUAGCUUUCCGUAGGAGAGACAGAACUUAAAAAAGCAACAGUAGCAGGGAAUUGAUCCACUUCUUAGUGCUUUCCUCCCUGGCACGACCAUCCUGUCCUUUGUUAUUAUUCUGCAUUUUACAUCUUCGGAGGGACAGCUCCCUAAUGGCUUCGUCCCUCCGCAAUGUCCCUUGCAUAGCCCACACAUGAACCGUCCUUCCUGUGAUGCUGCUCUUCUGUCAUCCCGCUCCUGCUCAAACACCUCCCGCGGGCUCCACCUGUUGGAGCUGAAGCCCAUGCUCUCCCACCAGCACGUCACUCCCAGCCCGCCUCCCUGCCCGGUCCUCCAGCCUCCCCUUGCUGUCCUGCUGUCUGAAUUCCCAGGUUGGCCUGGUGGCCAUGGCACCUGCCCCCAGCACUCCUCUGUCUCUGCUCUUGCCUGUCCCCCUUCCUCCUCCUUUGCCUAAAAGGCUUUCUCUUAUUUUCUCCAGCUGAUCAGAAUUUUACCGAAAUUCAGAACAUACUCCAAUUCCACAGUCUCCAGGAGACUUUCCCUAAGAGGCGACUCCCUCUCCAGCCCUCUCUCUCUGGUCAGGCCCACGGCAGAGACAGCAGUGAGCACGUCAGGGAGGCUGGUCUCCCUCCAGCUGGAAUCGCUGCUCUCUGAGGAAGAGGCUGUGGGUGGCUGUCUCUGUCCCUUACUGCCUUUCAGGAGCAAUUUGCACAUGUAACAUAAAUUUAUAUAGUGCUUUAUGUUUAAAAACAUUCCCCAAUUAUCUUAUUUAAUUUCUGCAAUUAUUUUAAUUUUAUAUAUAGAGAAAGUGACCUAUUUUUUUAAAAAAUCACACUCUAAGUUCUAUUGAACCCAGGACUUGAGCCUCCAUUUCUGGCUUCUAGUCUGGGUUUCUGAGUAUUUGAUUUCAGGUCAAUAAUGGUCCCCCCUCACUCCACACUGGCGCAUUUGUGAGAAGAAAUGACAUUUUGCUAGAAAGCGACCGGGUCUGGGAAUGCUUUUAUUCAAGAUACCAAAUUCCAAACUUCUGAAUGUUGGAAUUUUCAAAAAUUAUGUUUAGAUUUUAUGAAAAACUCUUCUACUUUCAUAUAUUCUUUCCCCAGAGGCAAACAUUUCUUAAAAUGUUUCAUUUUCAUUAAAAAUGAAAGCAUGUUUUUUUUUUUUUUUGUAUAGAAAAAAUAUUUUUAAAAAUGGGAUGACAGGCCUCAGAAUAACUGGAGAAACCCUGCAAAACCACAAAGCCAAAUUUAUAUGCCACCAAUUGCAGGACACAAGCACAGGUUUAAGAGUUGUAUGAACAUGGGCAGGACUUCUGGUUUUUAUAUUUCUCGUAUUUAAUAUGGGUGAACACAAAUUUUUCUUUGGAAUAAUAAUAUUCCUCCUAAACAAAAACAUAUUGAGUUGAAGUCUCUGACUCUUGCCUUUCCACUUGCUUUCUCCUGGGUCCACUUUGCCUGUUUUAAGGAACAGUGCUGUUCUGGAGCUGCUGUUCCAACAGACAGGGCCUAGCUUUCAUUGGGCACACAGACUGCAGCCAGAAGCCCAUGGAUCAGGGAUGUCACGUCCCGAAAAGCCUAUUAGAAGUUUUACAAAUUUAAUUUUGUGGAUUAUUUUAGUCUGUCAUCUAGAAAAUGUGUGAGCACGCAUAGUGCCAAGCAAGCAAGCCAAUUCGGAAACUUAGGUUAGUGACAAAAUUGGCCAGGGAGUGGGGGUGACGAGGACCAAGAAUUACAAGUAGCAUGGCAGCUGGAAUGUAAGGAAGGACAAGAAUCAGUGGAUAAGCCUGGGUGGAGGAGGAUCCGAACAGAAAAGUGCAGAGCCAUUCCCCAUCGUCCAAGGGUUGGAUUCUGGAGGAAGAAGACACAUUCCUAGCUCCCCGUGAACUUCCUUUGACUUAUUGUCCCCCACUAAAACAAAACAAAAAACGUUUCAUACCUUCCACUUUAAUUAGAUUUUCUUGCAGUUUUUAAUGGCAUUUUUAAAAAGAUGCCCUAAGUGGUGAAGAAGAGUUUGCAAAUGCAACAAAAUAUUUAAUUACCGGUUGUUAAAACUGGUUUAGCACAAUUUAUAUUUUCCCUCUCUUGCCUUUCUUAUUUGCAAUAAAAGAAAAGGUAUUGAGCCAUUUUUUAACUGACAUUUUUGAUAAAUUAUGUUUGUACUAGCUUAUGAUGGAGUUUAAAAAAAUCUGUUUAUAUAAUUUUGCAGCAGAAGCCAAAUUUUUGUAUGUUAAAACACCAAAUUUGUGUACAGCAUGCAUCACGGAUCAAUAGACUGUACUUAUUUUCCAAUAAAAGUUUCGAACUUUGUACUG